AUGUCUAAUCAAAUGAACGAAAAAGACCUUCUAAUCAAGGGCAUAGAGUUGGAAGACUUGCCCAAGCGUUCCAAUAAGCUUGCUCUUUUCAGAAAUCUCAUGAAAUGGGUCUCUUUCGUAUUGAUUGCCGGUUGGGGGUACUCCAUCCUCUGCAAAAACUGGGGUGGGUACAAUGUUAUGUUCUCGUUUGAUUCUCCUACAAUCGAGGUUUUUGAAGUGACUCCACCCCAUGUGGUUCCAAGUGGAUCUGAAGUUGCUUCUUACUUGCUUUUCAAUCAAUCUGUUUUGCAAGAUGGAAUCACUGCCGAUUACUACGGAACCACUUUUGACUGUAAUGGUGGGUUUUUAACCUUGAAUAUCACUAAUCAAGAUACUUCCAAUGCUGGCUCCGGAAUUGUUACUGAAAUUUCAAUUGGGGAUUUCCCCGUAUGGAGAACUUCAACUCCGUUCUCUGAAGAAAAUACCAUUACUCGGACUUCAGCUUCUAAGAACGUUUCUCAAUACCUCAAUUUGUUUGAAUCUAAUCAAACUGUUUCCGUGGCUAUACUUGAAGGUGUUCCGUCUAAUUCAAUUUCUUUUUCUUUGAGUUUAACUUUAUAUAAGGACCUGUCAGUUAAAAUGGAGUCUGAUAUUUUCACUAGUAACGGUGCUGCUUCUUCAAUAUAUCCUUUAGGAAGAGUCAAACUUCCUCAGGAAAGGUUUUCAAUCGAGGUAGGUCAACUUCCAGCUAACUCAACGGUUGCAAAAUUACAAUUAUUUGCAUCUGCAACGGAUGACGAAGUAACAUACUACAGAAACAAGCUAUCAAGCUAUUUUGAGCCAGGUUCUGGUCCCUUGCGUUACUUAAAUGUUUUUGUAAAUAAUAUUUUCAUUGCUUCUAUUAUUCCUCAACCAACAUUAUUUCACCCUCACCGAAUUAGUGAUAAGGAAGAUACUUAUAAGUUAUGGAGUCCCUUAGCAAACACGGGAAGUUUCAGUGGAUUGGCCUAUGAAAUUGAUUUAAUCCCAAUCUUACCUUUAUUAUGGGGAUCAUCCGUUACUUUGGACGUCGUCAUUUCGUCUCCAGUCUCGGUUUCUGCUUCACAAAUAGCUGGUACCGUAACUCCUAAUACUGGUGCUAUUUCCAGUAAUUCCUGGAUUGUAUCGGGUAAUUUAUUGGUUUGGCAAUCGGAUUUAAUCCUGGGUGGUAAAGGUAAGCUUUUAAGUUCAUCGUCUUAUCAAAAUGGUUUCGGAGUUGUCAUCGAACCUCCUGUUAAUUCGCCUUAUGAACCCGUUAUUACUAAUCAAAUAGUUGAAAGCUUCACUAAUUCAAACAUAUCGACUUUAUAUAAUUUCACAUUAGUCGAUAACACUACUGCUGCUUACCUUGUUAACUUUACUAGUUUAGCAAACUCAAGUUCAAAUCAGUUCAGUAGAAAAUCUAAGUAUUUAACCGGGCCUCCGGGGACCGGCUCUUAUAUUGAGAGUCAGACUAAUUGUUUGAACUUGUUGGGCUUUAAUGGCUUUAAUUUUACAGUCAGUGAUUUGGGAACCAAUCGUACUGUUCUCUCAAAGAGUUUUAACAAUUCUCAUCCUUUGAAGCUUAGCGAAGAGUCUAAGGAACUGAAUAACUCGCCAUGGGGCCCCGCGAACUCAUAUGGAUUGAAAGCGGCUUUAAUCAGCAGCCAAAACGCUACUGUCAAUGGAACACCUUACGAAUCAAAAACAUCUGAUGAGAAGGCCGUAUUUGAUACUCAAAAAGGCUUUGAUACUGAAAUUUCCGUCAAGGUUGAAGCUAUCGGUGAAAAGCCUUUCUUCAAAGAAGUCGAAGCCAUCAAUGGUGUUAUUACUAAAAAUAAUUAA